GCAUGGGACAGUGACGGAUUGCGGGAAUUACGACCUUGUCUAGGUUUAUCAUGUGUGGUCUAAGGAAAGUGGCGGGGCGGCUAUAUUUAUAUAAAGUGUGCGUGCGCGUGUGCGCGCAUAUCUCUCACAAACCAUCCCCUAUUUAGAGCUAUGCUUGAUUGCAGACUAGAUGAUCUAUAGACAGGGGAAAAUUGCCUACACGUGAAUGUAAAUCCCGAGAGGAUAUAGGCGUGAGCCCUAUAAUCAACAGAUUGAACAAAGCGCCCAUAUGCAUACCUUCGUUUUCAGCCAAGGCCAAUGGUAGCCCCCUCCUAGCGGAAUUCAAUCUUGAUUAAAUGCUACUCCAUACUCCGUACUCAGUACGUACCCAUAACCCACCUUUCCCCACCCCCAGGGGUUAAGCUCACAUCGAUUCAAUUCCGGUUGAUACAUUCCAGCGGGAUGGUGUUAUCUCUCGACAAUCUUCCUGAAGAGAUACUCCACACUAUCCUAUGCUACUGCCGCCCCUGCUCCGCGGCUGCUUUACAGCAGACAGCCCAUCGAUUCGAACAUUCUACCAACGAGCCUUUACUGUGGCGGUUUUACUGCCAAGCGUAUUUUAAGUACUGGGACAGCAAACAUGAUAUACUACAAAAAUUGUCGGCUCCCGUCUGCGCAGUAGACUGGAAGGCCUUAUACGUAUCUAGACACCUGACCGAAUGCACUGCUAGCCAUCUCCUAGAUAGUAUCCUUGCGGGACAAACGGGGAGAAUCGAAAAGUUCCGCGCACUUAUCGACCUUGGUUACGAUGUUAAAGAUACACUUAUAAGGAAUAUUUCAUCAGAAUUAGAGACAGAUGACCAUCUAGCAAGAAGGUAUUAUGGCAAGGUGCUCCUGACCUGUUUACACCGGAGUAUUGCAUUACCAGUAUGGGCUAGACUAAGGAAUGGUGGGAACGUAGCCCUAGAACGAGCACUCGGCGCCUUCGACCUUUUCAUACCAGAAAGCGGAUAUGGAAGUCUUGCCGAAAUAACUAACAAGCUGGAUGAAAUCGUUGGACGACUUUCCUCGUUAUACCCUAGCAUAAAUAUGUUCACACCUCGCGAUAAGGCGAGGACUAUUGCAGUAUAUUUGAAGUCAAACAACCUGACGGGUAUUCAACCGGAUAGGGAGUACCACUGCUUAGAGCACAAUUUCCUGGGUGUUGCACUGAAUGACCCAAACCAUAAUUCGCUUCCCCUAGUGUCUGCGGCUAUAUAUUGCUACGUUGCCCAGAGGUUUGGUCUAAAUGCCCGACCUUGUGGGUUCCCUUUCCAUGUCCAUGUUAUUGUCAAACCUCCACUGGGGCUCGAUGUAGAUGGCAAUGUGCUAGGGCCGGGAGUUUAUGGAGAUCCUAUUUAUAUGGACCCAUUUCGCUCGGAUAGAGAGACUCCAGUCACGAAUCUACAACGCCAGCUGAACUAUCUGGGAGCAUCUAGUGUCGAGCAGUCAACCUUUCUAGAUGAAUCUCGGACCUCGGAGAUCGUUUUAAGGUGCAGCAAGAAUAUACUGAAUUCGGUCCAGCGCAUGUCUCAGUAUCCAGAUGUGCAUUUGGAGCCAGUGGAUACUGUUAGUGCGAAGUAUGCUGCCCUUUGGUCGACGAUGCUUCUUUCUGACCCCUCUCGACCCGCCGAGUUUCGACACCACCUACCUUGGCUGAUGGAGUUAUUUGCUACGGAAUUUCCAUCCGAUAUAUACCUUGUCGAACAGUAUGUAGUCCCAAUCUUUCGUGGGUUGCUCGAAUAUGAGCAUAUCCUAGAGAGUCUCCACGUCAUGCGGGCCGUGGACGAGAUUCCAAAGCAGGUGAAGAGACGUUAUCCUGGUCGAUGCGACGUGAAGUACCGCAUCGGUCAGGUUUUCCGACAUCGUCGGUAUAGCUACAUAGCUAUCAUAACUGGUUGGGACACUGAAUGCGAUGCAGGCGAGCAGUGGAUGAGGAGGAUGGGGAUUGAUCGUUUGCAGGGGGGGAGGCAUCAAAGCUUCUACCACGUUCUUGUCCAGGAUAGAAGUGUGCGAUAUGUAGCAGAGGAGAAUAUCGAGCUUCUGGUCUCUAAUAUCUCUGAUCUGCCUACAACCCUUACUGCAAUCGCAGGGAAGCAUUUCAAGCGAUGGGACGAAGAAACUCAAUCCUUUGUGAGCAACAUCAAAGACGAGUAUCCGGAUGAUUAAAGGAUCUUGACAACAUGGGUUU